AUGCGUCCUGCUCCAGAUCUACCGCUCUACCCCCAAAAGGCCUCCCUAGACCACCCAUCUCCCUCCCUUGACCCCCGCACCACCGCUACCCCCGCAACCUUCUUCCUAUCCCGCAAUCUGGAUGCCUCCGACUCGGAAUCCAGUCUACCCCGGACGAACAAAAUGAUGUCAAAGAUAGAGUCGAGACGCCGGUCAACGAUCAAGCCGUCCCAGCCAGAUGUGCGAGGUUCAUCCAUCCCGCCCGUCCCCGUUGGUCACGAUACAGUCUCUCGCCCGUUAACCCCGCUCAACCCCGACGAUGCGCCCUCCUUGCCUAGCAGUCCUAAAUCCAUUUCAAACCACUCCCUCCGACCUCUCGACGAUAUCUCUAUCGCCGACGAAAUAAACAGCCAGGCUAUUGCAUCCGGAGACGAGGAUGAAAGACCCGGACCCUCUCCCCGCCUAGGGGCUAGUGGAGCGCCCCAGCUUAUCAUGCCAAGUAUCAAGAUGCCUAGUAGACGACCGUUUACCGAGCGAGGAAAAGCCAUGGGACGGUUCAAAAUACUUAUCGCCGGAGCUUCCGGAUCGGGCAAAACAUCCCUUAUAAAAUCGAUCGUUCAGACUUGCGAAGACAUCGUACACGUUGAUUCCCUCGGUUCCCCUUCCCCAAUAACCUCACUUGAGCGGCGCCGCUCAUCACGGGCCCACUCCUCUGGAUCAGUCCCCACUCGCGGGGCGCUCAGUGCUAUCAACGAGAUCUACGCUAGCACCAAACCGUAUCCUGCCUGGUGGUCUGACCUGGAGGACUCGCGUGUGUUGCGGCGUCGAAAAAGUAUCGGCGAGAUUGUGCUGGAGCGAAAUCUUUGUUUUGUUGAUACUUCGGCUAUUUCAUUGAGUCGGCCUGGUCAGACAGAUGCUAUUUUGCAGUAUAUGCGUCAGCAAUUUCACCGGGCUACUGCUGCUUUGAACAGUUCGAGUGUGGAUAUGCAGAAUUUACUUGCUGGAAAUGGAGGGUCUCAGGUUGAUGCAAUUAUUUAUUUGGUCUCGAAUGCUACGCUCUCAACGGAUAUUGAAUGUAUUCGAAAGCUUUGUGAACUGACCAAUGUCAUUCCGGUCGUGGCCAAAGCCGAUAAAUAUCCACCGGAGCAAAUUGAAAUGACCAAGGUUCGAUUUCACCAAGAGGCUCAGAGUGCCGGAAUCAAACCAUUCUUGUUUGGAGCACCGCCGGAAGGACUGGAAGGACUUGACCCUCAGCCACCGUACACAGUGUCAUCCGAGAAAACCACAGACUUGGAAGUCAUGGAUGCAAGCACACUAAUGAGCCCAGAUUAUGUACAACCACUCGUUGCAUCGGAAUUGGAUAUUCUGGUACAUAAAUUAUUCGAUAGAGAACACCUCGCCUGGAUGCGCCAUUCAGCUGCUAAGAAGUUAGUCCAACGAGGUGGUGAAUUCUCCGCUGCACCACCACCACCGACCGCACCUCUAUCUCCUGCUUUUUCCGCAGACAGAUCAAACUGGCAAGCUUUAUCAGCCGAUUCACUAAACUCCUCAUUCUGCUCCAUCAGGGGUCCUUCACCUCCUAGCUAUGCCAUGGCGCGACUUUCGGACUAUACCCGCCACGAGGAGCGCAUGGCCCAGGUCCAUUUAGCCCACUGGGCAACGGAUCUACAGCGAAGCCUGCAAAAUGAACGUGAUCGAUACGCUUCUCUGGCACGGGGUGAUCGGGCUGUUUGGCUAACAGAGAAACUGAGCGAGUGCGUGAUCGAUGGUUCUCUGGUCCCGAUCUCCAAGACACCCGGCUUCUGUGGUUUAUACACACCAUCAAACGACAAGCACCCUGGUCUACAUUCCAUGCGAUCUACUGCUGAUUAUCAAAUUUCUCUGAGCCACCACGACCCGCUGGGUAUAGUUGGAUGGAUUGACGACCUCGGACGACGGAGUUGGGCUCUUGUUCAAAUCGUUGGUAGUGUUGGGGUUGUUGGUGGAUUGGCGCUCUGGUUAGCUCGGACUUGGGGGUUGCCGACUCGUAGCCUGUCAGAUCUACACUUGGAUUACUGGUACGGCACUCUUGAGCGGUGA